AUGCCAUUUCUGAGUAUUGACACUAGUACAUAUGAUAGCAGUGAAACUAUUCGGAAACAACUGAUUGAGAAAUUCGCGGAACUCAACUAUAUAAUCCAUUUGACAAGUAAAUUCUUAGGGAUCUAUCAAAACGCUGAGAAGCCAAAGGGCAAUCUAUCUACCAUCCUUCACUCAAUCAAACAAGUAUGGAGCUGCUUUCUAUUAUUCUUGUUAUUUCUAGGAUUCAUGAUAUCUGUUACUCUCACGUCGGUAGCAGUGACAUCAUUGUACCUAAUAGGGCUGAUAGACUUCCUUUUCCUAUUUUACUACAACUGGUCUCACUUUGAGUACCGAUUCUUCCGCAGUUUAAUGCACAGCUCAACUGGAGUAGGCAUACUCAAACAGUUCAAAAUGCUCAACAGAAUAAAAAACAUAAGUAUAUUCAUAUCAUUAGCAAUAGUAGCGGCAGUAUUACUAUUAGUAUCUCUCUCACUCUUCAAGAUUUCACAGCCUGUACUCAUAGACAUGUUCAAAAUUAACGACGAUGUCAUUCGCAUAUUCUACAUGGCUUGUUUUGGAAUAAUUAUGCUAUCAACUCCAGCUGCCAAUUGUAUAUGUUUCUUAUAUAUCAGCCAAGUUAUUUCUGAAUACGAAAUAUUCAAUGCAGACUUUGAAACGGAUGCCAACACCUAUCAGAUUGCAGUAGCUCGCCAUUAUGCUCAUGCUCAUAAUCGUAUCUACAAGAGUUUCCAAACUAUAGAGAGACCAAUAAGUUACUGGGUAUCCUCACACAUACUCAUCAAUCUAGUCAUAGUAUUAAAGUCCAUACACUACCUCAGUCAUAUUCAAAUAGAUGAAAGAAAUGCGAUAACUAACCUUUGUUUGGCGGCACCGACAAGCUUCUACCUUGUGAGCUGUUUGUUCCAAUCUAUAUGCAUUUUAUAUGUGGCUCUCGACAUCCGACAUCAAAUGACACGCCUGAAACAGUUGAUGUUCAACUUGUUAAUUGGUCAAAGAAUUUUACAUGACCAGACAUACAGCUUAUGUAUAGCAUGUAUUUCCCAUUUUCACAUUCACAAAUACGGUAUAAGCUUCUUUCGGUUGACAAUUAUUGACCGCCAAUUCAUCAACUUCAUUUGCUUCGGUUGCUUUCUCAUUCUUUUUCUCAGUGCUCAUCAAGAAUCCGGCUAG